UCGUCCGGGACGAUUUGCUAGCUUGCUGCGGUGGAUUUUAACGUCCAGGAGGAAAACAACUUCAUAAAAUCUACAGUUCUGAGAAAAUGAAUCACACAGACGCGUAACCGAGCCUCGUGUUUACUGCGACGAUGCUGUGUUUGGGUGUAAAUGUGGCGAGGUCGUCGUUGUCUUUACAGAAGCUGUGCAUCCUCUCCCUGCUGCACACGAGACAUCGGUCCUAUCUCUGCCCGGUGCCGACGUGGAGGAGAGGCCGACGCAGCCUCUCUGCUGGACCGGGUUCUCCUGGACCAGGUUCCUCUGCUCCUCCAACGCUGACGGAGUCCUCUGACUGCUCUGACCCAGAACCCGGCCGCACCACCUCCGCUUGGUCUCCUGAGGAUGGUCCGCCGCCGGCUCCCACCCACUGCUGCAUGAGCGGCUGCCACAACUGUGUGUGGAUCGAACAUGCAGAGCAGCUGCUGGCGUACUACCACGACGGAGGGGACCAGGCGCUCGCCGCCAUCGAGGAGAAUGUCCUGGAUGAGAACCUUAAAACCUACCUGAAGAUGGAGAUAAGACUCUUAAAGAAGACGUGACGGAAUCUUUUACUGCCAGCGACUUCGACCACAGCGUCGGCUGAGUGUUGUGAGCGUUCGUAGUACCAGUUUAAGCACUUUAUGACACACUUCAGUCACUGCUUUUACCUCCUCAUCUUCACUCCCUCCUCCGGUGGCUCACACUGUUCACGUCUCUCCUGAAAGGAUGAAAAUAAUCCGUCAUCGAGCAGUAACGCUGAGAUUAGAGAGGUCAAAGUUGAAUCAGAACGUUUCUCGAAACUGACUUUCAGUCUUUGUAAAAAUGUUUCCAUGUGACUGUUUCUCCUCAAUAAGUUUGAAUAACUGGAGAUCUGUUUCUGUCUGAUAGUCCCACCUCUCCUGUUUGACGUCUGGCUCCCUGAUGUCAGCAGUUGGUAGUGAGUGUUGUUACUGACGGGAACUGUUCCUCACAGAAGUCUGUUCUUUAUUUCAUGAGGUGCUUGACGUGGCAUUUUAAAGUGCAUGUUUUUAUUAACAUUAGUUGUGUUUUUAAUAACAUUAGUUAUGUUUUUGGGGCCUUGUUAGAAAAUCCAUUUGGUUUAUUUUAACUUUUUUUGGUUUAUCUUCGUGGUACUUUAGUCAUAAAGCACAUUUUGUACAUUUGUUUUAUUUAUCAGAAGUUUGAACUGAAGUGUUAAAAACAUAUUUGUGUUUUUGCGAUCUCAUUAUAUUUAAGAGUAUAUUUUGAUUAUGUAUUUGAAAUGUAUUUAUAUGAGUUGUUUGUUAAAUAAAUGUUUCUGAGAUGAACAGAUUUCCUUUAACAUCACUUCAUCAGAGAGAGACAGCUGCCUGC